AUGUCACGAUUCAAGUUGACUUCUGAAAAGAGAGAAAGAGAAAAAUAUUGGUACACCAGGAAUGAGUACCAGGGCCUUCAAAAAGAGAUCAGACAUCUGAAAGACCUGUUGAACAAGGAGAGGGACAACGCUCACUAUGAACGAGGGAGGAGAGUCCAGGCCUGCAAUGACCUGCUGGAGACCCAACAACAAAAGUGCAACGAGACAUCGCUUCCUGGAUUUGAGCUUGCCCUUACUGCGAUGGCACCUAAGAGUAAGAAGCCCGGGAAAAAGAAUCCCGGGAAAAAGAAAUCCUCUGCGGUGGUAGUCAGUCGGUCCACAGAGAUGACCAAGGAACAGAUGGAGGAGCUAAUUGUUCAUCUCGGUGAGGAGUUGAAGCGGGUGCGGGAGGAGAAGAGGAUCUUCAAGCUUGAGAGUGAGAAGAACCAGUCAGUCUGGGAAACUUGCAGGAGACACAUGGAGAAGGUGAAGGAUGUGCUGAGACAAAGAUACCGGGAGAGAGAGGAGUUUCAGCAGCGCCACCGAGUGGAGAUCAGUGUUUACAAGGAGAAGCUGAUGCACGUCCUGUCUGAGCAGCACAACACCAUCUCUGAGCUGAAGAUGGACACCGCCGCCUCCGCAUCACUGAUACAGAACCAGCACACCGAGUCAGAGCUGGCACUUCGGAGCGAAACAAUGCAGGCAGACGCCAGAGAGAAGGCACUUCGCAACAAAAAGUUCAUCGAGGAACUCAAACUGAAACACCAGGUCGAACUGUUGGAGAUGACAGACAACUAUGACCGGAGAAACAGAGAGCUGGAGGUGAAAUUUAACGAGAAAAUGGAGGCGACCAUCCAGGUGGAGGAAAGGAAGCGGAAGUCGGAGGUCAAUGAGCUUGACGAUCGGAUGGCUGCUCGAUUUAUAGAGCUGACGGAGGAUCACGGACGUGCUCUCAAAGUAGCUCAGGGCUAUUACUCCAGCAUUCAGAACAAAGUGCUGGCGGACGAGAAGGAGCUGAAGGAGGAGGCAGCAGAGGCGCUGAAGCAGCUGACACGAGUGGACAAGAACCUUUCAGUUGCUCAGCGAGAAAACAAGCAUCUGCGCGAGUCUCUGCACGAAGCCCAGCAGGAGCUGCCCGAGCUCCGUGCUCAGCUGCAAGAAUACAACAAGACCAAGGCCAAGAUGGUGAAGUCCGGUGCUCGGGCGAAGGUCACCGAGAAGGAGCUGUGGGAUCUGAACAUCGAGCACGAGCUGCUGCGGCAGGCGUUGGAAAAGGUUCAGGAUGAGUGCGACGAGCUGCAGAGGAAGCAGAAGGAGAUCAAGUUGGCGCUGCAGCAGAAGAGAGGCCUGGAGCACCUGCGGCUGGAGAUGAGGCUCGCUGCUCUGACGGAAACGGUGGAGACGACGGAGGGCCAGCUCCGCGCCGCGCUCUCCACGGCGGCCGCCAAGGACACCGACAAAAGCAGCGCCGCCAACAUGCUUAGGGAAACGUUGGAGUCAAAACAAAAGACCAUUGCUGCGUUAGAGGAGGAGCUGGCUCUCAGGCAUAAGGAGUACGAGCAGCUGCUGCAGACCUCCACCGGCAGACUCAGGGCCCUGGGCGUCCCUCUGCAUGACUUCCCCUUCAGGCCCGCGAAGCAGACACCCAACAGGCAAUAG